CCCACAACUUGCCUCUUUCACGCACACACAGAGAAAAAAGUAGUAAACAAUGUUGUUCUUGUUUUGAGAUUUUCUUGAUCUCAUAAAGGUGGAGUCUUUUUACCUGCAUUGUUGUAUUUUGGGUCAGUUUGUGAGUUUUUACUAAGUGGGGUUUGGUUAUUUUGUUUGAUUUGUAAGAAUGAGAAAGGAAUAGGGCAGUGGAGUUUUUUCUUCUGCUAUGGAGUCUGCAUUAUCAGGUCUCGUUCUCGAUCCCUGUAAAUUUAGCCAAUUGAGUAUGGAAGAUAAAAGACAGUUAGUACAUGAAAUUUCUCAAUGCCCUGAAGAUGCGCCGAAGAUCUUGAGUUCGUUGACCAGAAAAGAACUUCUAGAGAUUAUAUGUGCUGAGAUGGGCGAAGAGAGAAAAUACUCUGGCUACACAAAAUUCAAAAUGAUAGAUCACCUUUUAAAGCUGGUUUCCUGUAAGUCUAACACAGAUACUGGUCCUACCUUCAAAAGGCAGCGGACGCAAGAAUAUCAAUGUCAACCUUUCGUUCAGAUUGAUGAAGUUAAUCGGGAGAUGGAAAGCAAAACCCAGGUCCUACUCUGUCAUAAUCUGGUAUGUAGAGCUACUCUUGAAAGAGAUGAUGUUUUCUGCAAACGAUGUUCUUGCUGCAUUUGUCAUCAGUACGAUGAUAAUAAAGAUCCUAGCUUGUGGUUAACCUGUGAUUCUGAUUCUCAAGAUGAAAUUAAGCCAUGUGGAUUGUCAUGCCAUCUAAAAUGUGCACUUGAGCACGAACAAUCAGGCAUAUUGAAGAAUUGCAUCAAUCCAAAUUUGGAUGGAGAUUUCUAUUGCGUUUCUUGUGGAAAAAUUAAUGGGCUAAUGAGAACCUUGAGAAAACAAUUGAUGACAGCAAAGGAGGCGAGAAGAGUUGAUGUGCUGUGUUUAAGAAUCUCUCUGAGCCAUAAAAUCCUAGAGAAAACUGAGAAAUACAAAGGACUGCUGAAGGUUGUUGAAUUAGCUGCUGAGAUGCUGAAGAACGAAGUAGGGCCUCUUGCACAGGCAUCAGAGAAAAUGGAUCGCAGGAUAGUGAACAGGCUUUCUUGCGGUACUGCAGUUCAGAAUCUGUGUGGCUCUGCAGUGGGCACUUUUGAUUCCAUGUUUCAGAAUCAAUUCUCUAGUCAUACGAAAAAGGAAGAGACUCUGAUGUCUUGCCGGAUACAUUUUGAGGAGCAAUCUCCAUCUAAAGUAACGAUUGUCUUUGAAUAUGAUGAUUGUAUGCUGAAAGAACUUAUGGGCUUCAAAUUGUGGUAUCGGAAGUCCACAACAAACAAAUAUCCCGACGAGGCAACUUUUAUUGCACUAAGCCCUGUGAAGAGAUUUAAGCUGGAUGGUCUUGAUCCUUUGACACAGUACUUCUGCAAGGUUUCUUUCUUCAACAAGGCAGCGACUUUGGGGGUUCAGGAGGUGAAUUGGGUUACACCUGCUGUACAGACAAGCUACAAGUCAGGUUCAGAUAAUGCUACUAUAGAUAGUACACUGAUGCAUGCUGAGUCAAUGAGUUCUACUGACCACAAACUAACAACUUAUGAUCCAAAACCAUGCUCCCUGAAUGACAUUGAAAGCCAAGCUAAUGCAUUUCCUAUAUCCCCUCUUCCCAAGAUGCACAUUCCUUUACCUAGUCUACUUUCAAGUGCACCUGCCACACCUUGCCAAACAAAUGCAUCAAAGGAAGUGCAAUUGAGUGGCAUAGGACAAGUGAAGGUAAGUGAUUAUGAGUACUCUGUAGGGAUCAUCAAGGAGUUGGAACAUGAAGGGCUCAUAGAAACAGAUUUCAGAGUGAAGUUCUUGACUUGGUUCAGCUUGAAAGCCACAACACAAGAAAGAAAGGUUGUUCGAGUCUUUAUAGACACCUUUGUCGAUGACCAUUCAAGUUUGGCAGGGCAACUCAUGGAUACAUUCAUGGAUGAGAUAUGCAGGGAGCAGAAAGUUGACCUACAUGCAAUCUACAGUAAAUUCUGGCAUUAAACAAACAUCUACUUUCUGAAAUUAGCUAGGGGAUAAAAUUUGCACAGUUGAUUCGAUGCCACUAACCAAUCUUUGACAACUUAUGCUCUGAAACUUAUUCUUGUGAAUC